AUGGCGGCCAAUCCAAAUAAAUUCUACUUCCCGUAUUUCCCUCCACCCUCACCACCUCCUCCAUCCGCUCCAAGCUACUCAACCCCGCCACCAGCAGCAGCCCCGGCGGCAAAGCCUCCAAGUCACUCAACCACACCACCACCACACCCCGCUGCAAAGCCUCCAAGCCACUCAACCCCAUCACCAUCACCACACCACCCAUUCCGUCCGCCGCCGCCGCCUCAUGUACGCCCUCCACCACCACCACUGCCACCCUCACCAUCCCCGGACAAUAAUCCCACCGUCAUAAUCAUUGUGUUCAUCUCAUUGGGUUCAGUUUUCUUCCUUGCAUUCCUUGCAUUUGCUCUACUUUGUUGCAUUAAGAGAAGAAAGAAGAAGACAAUCCAAGAAACCGACAUGAUUCAUAUUGACAAACACAGGAAGAUCAAGGAGAAAAUCGUAGAAGGUCCCUAUGGACCACAAGCUGUGGUAUUAUCAGUUGAAGAUGAUGUCCAUAUAGACGAGGAGAUAAGGAAGAAUGAGACAUUUGGCCACAAGGGUUUGCAUGGAAAAGUAAAGAGCUCAGAUGUCCAAGCAGAAACUGAGAUCAUUAACUUCGAUGAACAUAAAAAGGUCAAGGAAGACAUAGUAGGGGGUCCCAAUGGAUCAAAAGCUGUGGUGUUAACAAUUGAUGAUGAUGUUCAUAUAGACGAAGUGGUGAGGAAGAAUGAGAGAGUUGGUAAAGGUUUGCAUGCUGCCAAUGUAGUGGCACCGAAAGAUGAGCCUUCAACGAGUUCAGAUAUUGGCCAAUAA